GAUGAGCACCCCGACCGUGCCCCGGGACCUGCAGCUGCCCCCGAGUCAGCGGGGCGAGUCUGCGUUCAGAGAGCAAAGAAGACAAAAACUCAAGGAACAGCUGUUAAAAAGAAAAACUUUUUUUACAUACAAACAGGACAAUCAGAUAUUAUCCAGGAAAGACCAGAGCGUGAUGACAUCCGAGAACUGGGUGCAAAAAGAAACACAAGUUCUGAAACUUAAUACCAAAAUGGCUGAUAAAGAAAACUUUGGUAGACCUAUCGUGAGCAAACAUAAUACAAGAGUGGAAAAAAAUUGUAUGCCUUUAAAAUCUUCGAAUGAAUUAACCAAUUCAAAUAUAGCAAUUGAUUCACGUUUGGAGGAUAAUAAUCAAGCUCUGCAGUUGCCAAUUAAAGAUGACCCCCACGGUCAAACAAUGACAUUAAGCCAAGCAUUUCACCUUAAAAACAAUAGUAAAAAGAAACAAACAUCUACAGAAAAACCAAAGCAAGAUGCUACCGUGCCCAAGAAACCUGUCCUUGGAUCUUAUCGUGGCCAAAUUGUUCAGUCUAAGGUUAAUUCGUUUAGAAAACCUCUGCAAAUCAAAGAUGAGGGCUCUACAACAAAGAAACUUUCAGCUACUUUCUCUAAAGUUACAAAGCCUCAGCCUGUAAACACCAGCAGUGUAAUUGUGAAAAGUGAUUGCCCUUCAAACAUGACCACUACCACUAAAUUUGUGAGCACUACAUCUCAAAACAAACUUGUGCGACCUCCUAUUAGAAGUCACCAGGACAAGAAGCAUGACACCAUGAAACAGGGCCUGGUGAAACAGAGCGUGGGUAGAACCUCUGCCAAUGUCACAGUGCGGAAGGUGCCUCGGGAAAAAGAAUUACCACAAUUAAAUACAGUUGUAUCUAGUUUCAAAGUUAGUUCUUCUCAGGAUCUAAAAAGAAAUAAUGCACUAUCAAGAAACAUGACAUCUGAAACUGUCGUCAGGCCUGCGGCAUCUUCUAAACUCAAACUGAUAGAAAAGUCAAAAACCAUUGACCAGCGCAGACAUACUAUAGCAAAAACAACUGUUGAUAAUAGACUGGCUCGGCCCAAAGAAACUGCAGAAGAGAGAAAAGCUCGUCUGAAUGAGUGGAAGGCUGGCAAAGGAAAAAUACUAAAGAGGCCUCCCACUGCGGUGGUUACUCAGUCUGAACCUGAAGAACGAAAUGAGAAGCCAGUUGGGUCCUUUUGGACUACCAUGGCUGAAGAAGAUGAACAAAGAUUAUUUACUGAAAAAGUAAACAAGACAUUUUCUGAAUGCCUGAACCUGAUUAAUGAGGGAUGCCCAAAAGAAGAAAUACUGAUCACAUUGAAUGACCUCAUUAAAAAUAUUCCAGAUGCCAAGAAACUUGUUAAAUAUUGGAUAUGCCUUGCACGUAUUGAACCAAUCACAAGUCCUAUUGAAAAUGUUAUUGCAAUCUAUGAGAAGGCCAUUCUGGCAGGAGCUCAGCCUAUCGAAGAGAUGCGUCAUACAAUCGUAGAUAUUCUAACAAUGAAGAGUCAAGAAAAAGUUAAAUUUGGGGAAAGUAUUGAGGAGACUUGUGCAAUCAAGGAACAAAUCCAAGAAGUCAGCAUUGAAGAUACAGGUAUUAAUCUAGAUUCAGGAAAACUGGAAAUUAAAAAUAAACAUCAAAAAAAUGUAGUGUUUCAAGAUUGUGAAAAAUCGAAUGAUGACAAUACCAAAGAUCCGAUCAGUGAUGUUAAAACUCCUAAUACAGAAACCAGGACAAGUUGCUUAAUUAAAUAUAAUGUGUCUACUACACCAUACUUGCAAAGCUUAAAAAAGAAGAUGCAUUUUGAUGAAACAAAUUCUGCAUUUAAAGAGCUUAAGUUUCUAACACCAGUUAGACGUUCUCGGCGUCUUCAGGAGAAGACUUCUAAAUUGCCAGAUAUGUUGAAAGACCAUUAUCCUUGUGUGUCUUCACUGGAACAGUUAACAGAGUUGGGUAAUGAAACAGAUGCUUUUGUUUGCCGCCCUAAUGCAGCACUGUGUGGGAUGUACUUGGAGACAGAAACAGAAGAGAAAUAAAGCUAUGAUAGGAGUGGGGUUUUUAUUAUGCCUGGCGUGCUUUGUCUGGUUGGUGUUUGUGGUUUUAUAUAUCUCUUAGGUCAGGACUUAGCCAAGUACCUAAUAUUCAUAGCAGGAAGCACUUUUUUAACAUUCACUUUAAAGUAAUUGUCUUUUAUGUGUUUUGAAGCUAAUCCUACCUUGUCUGUCUCAACAGACUGAGUUUUUGUCUAGGAUAGAUAAAUUUUGUCAGCUAGUUACUGUGUUCCUUGAAUACAGGUAUAUUUCACUGUCAUAUUAGCUUCUUCCUUAUUUAGGUAAUCGAAGUAACACUGCAGUGCAACAUAAAUUUCAAAUGUCCAUCAUUGAGAAUCAACAUGUGACCACUUUAAGUUAACCUCUAAAUGGCCAGUUCUGUCUUCACCGUAGCAUUUUCCCCUUUUCACUUUUAAUAGUCCUAAAUCAUACCAAAAUUAUAAGUCAUUAAAUAUAAAUACAGCAUGCAUUCUCAGGAAUGAGAUACUGUAGAUAAAAUAUUUUUUACAGAGAAGUGUUUUUAAAAUUUAGGAUAUGUGUCCUUGCCUUUAAACAGAACGCAGAUGUUUGUUUUGGCCAUUCAUUAAUUCUGGGUCACUUUGAAAGUCAGCCAUUAUAAUGUGUAGUGUGACUUGAAUUAGUAAGGCAAAAGAUUUAGCCUGCUUCUUCACCAGAUUCUGGUUACCCACACUACUACUUUUAUUGUACCAACAACACUAGUGAGUCUGCAUCUGUGUCUCUCGGCCUCUCUCUUUUGUAUUGUAACGGAGGUUACCAAGUAGAGUUAACCGAAUACCCCACUUAGCGAUAAGAAGGACAAAGUGCCAAAUAUUUGAAAUGUUAACUCUGAAUUUCUUUAGUUCCUUUUAUAACUUGACUA